AUUUACUAUCACACGACGGUCACAUCGUGGGGACAUCUCGCGUCUUCAUUUCUCGCUCUAAUUGUCUCCUCUCGCCAAGCCUACGCCAAGCAUUUGUGGCAAAAUAUACCCCGCCGUACUAAGCGGGGAUUGUUUUCCAAAGAUGCGGUUCUUAUUGUCUUUCUUUAUUCUACGGCAACGUCUCGCAGCGGUUGCAAGUAUUUGCAGACCGUUUUAUUAUUGCUCGCGACGCCAAAAAUUCGCGGUCGAUUCUUUUCAUCGGAUUUUUUAAAAAUCUGGUUUCGUGUUUUAUUGUGGUUAAAGAAAUGAGAUUCUGGUGGAUGUUUGUAUUAUUUGCAAAAACAGCUUCGGCAAGUGAUAAUGAGUUGCCAACUGCAGAUGGUGAAAAAGAGUCACGCUUUCUGCCCCUUUUUGAAGUCAAACGAUUCGACGAUAGACCGGUUAGCUACGGGCCGGGCUUACCUCCCCUGACGACCGUGCCCAUCGCUGGAGAACGAUGCUCGGCUAGGCUGGAAUCGGCUUUAGAUCAACUGAAGAGGAGGAAACGGACUCAACCAAAAAAUCUUGAUAUGCCACUGAGCCAAAGCUUCGAGCUAAAUGGAUACAGUCUGUAUCAGCAAAUGCGGUCUGCACCCAUGGACAUGUACGUGACCCGCAUGCGCGUUCGCCUUCCGCAGAACUCCAACUGGGUCCGCGUAGAAAAGUGCUACUUCGACCCUCGAAAUGUCUCCUUAGACACCAUGCUUUUAUUUCACGACUUGACCAUAAGCGGCAACGUAGAUUUGUAUGACGCCAAUGAACUUGAUAGGAACUCCGCAAACAAAAGGCGUAGGAGACAUUUUGCAGAAUCUAGAGCACUUGACAACCAUCCUGACGAUCUGUACAGACUUCGCGGUAACGGCUGCAAUAUGAUACUGAGAUUGAGGAAGGCCGGUAUAGGCUUUCAUACAAGACCUUUGAACCAACAACCGGGCAAGUUCAACGUCAAAACUGAUUCAGAAUUCGUGGAGCCAGGCUUCAUCAGCGUCUACGCAUAUGGUUGCGAGAAGUAUAUCAACAGAUAUUCAGUUAGGAACAAGGAUAACUUACCUCUUCGCCGAAGAAGGAGAUCUGAUGAAUUGACUUUCAACCUUCGACUUGAUACUGCCUCGGCACCAGACAGUCGCUCCGCCGACAAUACUUGGGACGUGGUCUACGAACCUCGCAAUAGAAUAAACUAUGAACGAAGUAAGCUAUUUCGGCCUGACGACGAUUUGGAUGAAGUCGAAGAUAUAUCCAGAGAAAUGGAGGACAUAUUUACCAAAGGUAUAAGGACACUGCUCACAACUUACAUGAAGAAAGAACUGCAGCCUGCUAUCAAGGAUACACUUAUGAGAAAUAUGGGUUAUGUGAUAUCAUAUGGAUAGGCAGAAAUAAUUGCCAUGAUGCACAAGAUCAGUUAAUAUUACGAUUUAGAAACACUAUGUAAUGUUGAUAGAAAUUAAAUAAUGGCAAUUAAUACUACAAAGUUUUUGGGGUUGAAACUGGCAGUGUUAUAUUUUAAUUCAUUUUAUAAAUAUAUCAUUAAAUAUA